AUGACCGUCGACUUCAAUGAUUAUUUUUGGGGCGAGAAAAACAACGGCUACGAGGUGCUGUACCAGAAUAUGAAGUAUGGCUUGUCGGCGACGAAGGAGCUGGCUGAGUACUUUCGCGAGCGCUCGAACCUCGAGGAGUACAACUCGAAGCUGCUGACGAAACUGGCCAAUAAGGCAGGUUCGAGCGGUGGUGGCACGUUUUCACCGCUCUGGAUCAUCCUGAAGUCCACGACGGAGCGCCUGUCGGAGUUGCACGCGCAAAAGGUACAGAAACUGACGGAGCUGGUCAAGAAUGUCACAAAGUACGCGGAGGAUCUGCACAAGAAGCAUAAAUCGGUGAAGGAAGAUGAAUCAGGAACGCAAGACGCAGUGCAGGCGAUGAAGGAUUCGACGACCGCCGUUUCCAAGGCAAAGGACGUUCACAAUGCACGCCUGCAGGAAGUAGAGAAAGCACGUAAAGAGAGCUCAGCCAAGGAGAUCGAAAAAUCGGAAGCGAAGCUACGCAAGCACCAGGAUGAUUACAAAGCGUUGGUGGAGAAGCACAACAUAAUCAAGCAGGAGUUUGAGAAGAAAAUGACAAUAACAUGUAGGCGUUUUCAAGAAAUGGAGGAAGCACAUUUGAAACAAAUGAAGGAGUUCCUCUCCUCGUACAUGGACAUUGUGCAGAACAACUUCGAUCUAGUUGGGCAGGUUCAUUCGGAUUUGAAGCGCCAGUUUCUGGAGCUGACCGUGGACAAACUGCUGGAGCAGUUCGUCCUUAACAAGUACACCGGGCUGGAGAAGCCAGAGCUAAUUGAGCUUGAUUUUGACGCCGGUACUGCCGGAUCCGCUGGCACCGGUGGCAAUAACAGCCAUCAGCUGUUAGUGAACGCCACGGGUAUGGUGCCGGGCAGCAGUUCGCCAGCACCGUCCUCGCUCGCCGGUGGCUUGCUCGAAUCACCUACUCUGUCGGCCACCAGCUCUUCGCAACCGAUCGCCAUUGGCGCGACCACCGCCAAGAAGGAAAGCCAUCUCCGAUCUUGGUUCAGCUCCAGUUCUACCGCUGCCGUGCCCACCAACUCGCCGGUCAACCUGUCCACCUCGCCCACAGCCACCUCGGUAGGCAGCGGGCAUCGGUACGACACCGCAAUGGAUAUGCCGGUUCAGCAGCAACAGCAGCAGCAGCAGCAGCAACAACAUCAUCAUCAGUUGUCCGCCAUGCGCGCUCUUUCCCCGGUGCCGUCGGUGCUGCAGGACGGUAGCGUUUCCGGAUCCGCACAAAGUACGGGCAAAAACUCAAUCUCCGGUUUUUUGCGCAGCAGGCGAGAGAAGGCCAAAUCCAAAAAGGCCAAAAAGAAAAAGGAUUCUGCAGAAAAUUCUAGUGCCAAAGAUGAAAAUAUCCUGGAUGGGGACAGCAAAGGAGAAGCAACGAAUGCAGACAGUACCUCUAACUUGCAGACCACUUCCGCUAUCAGCGCUUCAAAUGUAGCUCCUACGGCAACACCAGAGGUGGAUGAGGAUGGUUACAGCAUACAACCGCGAGAAACUACCUGGGACAGUGCGACGAUUACUGAAAAGAGCAAUAAUUUCUACUCUAGCUCGGAUAGUGACAGCGAGGACGAACGAGAGGAAAAGAAAAUUCAUGUAGAAAUUAAGCCGUUGAAUAAUGGGGUAGCCCCGAUUUCUGCCAGCGUUGAUGAAUUACGUGCAACAGUGGAAAAUUUAUCUCUUUCCCCGAUCGGUAUUCUGACUUCGCAACAACAACAACAGCACCACCAACAGCAUCAAUUUCAGCACCAACUGCAACAGUCGCAUCAGCCCGUGCAGGCACAUGGUUUGCAGCAUCAAAUGUCUGUUGGAAAUGCUUCACUUUUGAACAAUAACGCCACUCACCUCACUAGUCCUAACGCAUCGAAUGCCUCAACGCCUACAACGGUACAUCCGUACGCGCCAUUACAAAGUCCUACACUGUCGAUGUCCACCAGCUCCAACAAUCGGUACGCCGAUUUGGGUGAUAUUUUUUCCGAGGUGGGCGAUAUAAGCAUAUCGGCACCAGCUUCAGCUAAUCUAACAAAACUUACACAACGACAAAUUCCAACUCCUACGUCAGCCGGUGGCAGUAGCAUCGCCAUACCAAGGCCACCAUCUAGAAGAUCAGAAGCGGCUGUCGCUCGCGAUCGUGUCAGUCCAGCAUCGCAAAUCGCUCGGGCGGAUAGCGUCGGUAGCUUGGAAUUCCGAAGUCCCAGCGUUGGUAUUGGGUCCUCGCGUGGGCCAUCUCCCUUGACGAUCGGCAUGUCCGAUACGAUUCCAUUAGCUGUAGCAUUCCACGAAAUAAUCCAUGCCUACUUCAAGGGAGCGGAUGAGUCCCGGUGUCAGGUUAAAAUGUCCGGCGAUAUGAUGAUUUCGUUUCCAGCCGGCAUCGUUAAUGUAUUAAUGAAUAAUCCGAAUCCGGCUAAGCUCGGCUUUCGCAUCAAGAAUCUCCAAAAUCUCGACAACGUCCUACCCAACAAGCAGCUCAUUACGAUUGAUCGGCUGCAGUCAACUACAUUUAGUACGACGCUCGAAUUCAACAUGCCAGUAUUAACGGCAAUGUUGCGGCGACAGGCUGAGCAGAACCCUACUGCACCGCAUAUUAACGUAGAUAUACUGAAGUAUCAGAUCAAGGCCAAACCGGGAGCAUCCUCCUGUCCGUUUCAACUCGUGUCUUACUGGAAGUGUGAGCAACGACACACGGAUAUUAAAAUCGACUAUAAAUACAAUUCCCACGCGAUGGCGCAGCCUUCUCCGCUACUAAACGUAUCUAUAUCCGUGCCUGUAGACGGGAGCGUUAAAAACGUACAAUCGAAACCACAUUCGGCAUGGCAAGGGGAAUCGAAUCGGUUGGUGUGGAACUUUACAGAUAUAUCGCAACAUUCUGAGAGCGGGGGUGUAGACACACUCCGAGCACGACUAGAAGUUGGUUCGGGUCCUUCAAAUCCUGCGAUUAUUUCCACACAAUUCAAUUGCGAGGGAACGACGCUUUCUGGCAUUGAAUUCGAAUUAGCUGGCACGGGAUAUCGACUAUCACUUGUUAAACGGAGAUUCGUAUCAGGAAAAUACAUUUGCGAAGGUGAUGGUGUCCGGACGACCAAAACACCUACCCCACCGAACGUUUCGGGCGUUAUGUCACCGAUACCGUUUGGUAGCAAUAAAUCUGCGAACUCGUCCGGUGGCCCAUCCGGAUAGUAUCGAUUUGUUUUCUACUAGAUCAAAAUCAUCUUAAUUUCGUGCCCUUUUGCUUGUGAAGCGGAAAUUGAAGCAAAAGAACCUACACUGGAUGGAAGUUACCAUUGAUAAUUUUGCUAACUGAAGACCCCGUCCACUCGUCUAGAGCUACCAUUAUGACCAUCAUGCUAGCGAAAUGCGGUAGUUAUUGUACGAGAACACCAUCUACUUGCAUUAAGAAAUGUAAAUGGUACAACUUGAUUUGAAGGACGUUCUUUUGAAACUAGGGUUGACGAGCGAACGAAUCGGAAUGAAUAAGCCGUGCAAUGGUUAGAUAUAACAAUUCUCCGUUGCUUUGGAGAGAAUGGGAAAUCAGCCAAAACAAGCUGAAGUAUACCAGCGGAACUGAUGUUAGGAUCAGCAUGAAAAAUAGUUAGCCUUUGUAUGUGCGUAUGGUGCCUUUCUUUUUUAGUGCAAACCGUCGCCGGUUCGUCG